CAAACGUUGUGUUGCAGAAUUGUGGCGGCAGACUCCGAGCGCCUUUUUCCCUCCAAAUCUUUACAUUCAUCAUUUGAUAUGAUACUUCUUUUGCAUGCCAAAUCCUGCGAAUCCCCCGCGUGCCAGGCACCACUUAUCCAACUCCCCGAAGCACGCUGCCCGAUGCCAGAGCGGACGAAUCACCCGUGUGCAAUUGAAGGCUCCUGGAGGGCAAAUAAUGACUGGAAAGAUGAGAUGGAAUGCCAAAAUUUACCGCAACCAGAGAACAGCGUGGACAAUAGGAGCCAGUCGCUGCCGCUGUUCGGCCUACGGAUGGCGGUUCACCGGCCGGCCAGCAGCUCUAGAUGCGCCGGUAACUGACUAAAGGCAUCAAUCGUCCUGCUCUUUCGCCGAAUGUUUGAAUGAGUGCAGCCGGCUGUUUACCUUGCUACAUGAUUGCCAAGAUCGGACGUCCCCAGAUGGGGUCCGUCUGCUCCCCAGAUGACGACUCCGGACAUCUAGCCCUCCAUAGCACACGCGGUUCCCCGACUGUGUGAACAGAGGUUUCACGCAUAUGACGCAAGGGUGGUUACAAUGCCGUCCUCGAUUGUCGCUCAUGGUAUGGUCCUAUGACUUUCGUAAGCUCUGCGACGAAAUCAUGCAUGACUGGCCUGGCUACUGGCACAAUCAUCUGCAGAUCUCCUUCCCUCCGGCCUCAUGAAACCCGCUGUAUAACAUUAUUGGUUGCGAUGUUGUCGUUCAGGCUUCUGCAAGUCCAUACUACCCAUCCCAUUGUGCUCACCGCAUGGCAGGCCUUUGCUGACAGGACAAGACCUUUUUCUCUGAGCUCCACGCAUUGACUAGCAGGGCUUCCCAAAAUCCGCGGCCGAGUGCGUAUUUCCGACUGCUGCUCCGUUGAUUUCGACCUUCACAACGCUGUUGAUGAUCUCCAGGAAAUCGAGCCUCCCGCCCACUCCAUCGGUACCAUGAGGCGUGGUGUCGGCCCAGCCUGCAGCCCCCGCGUUUCGAGAAAAACCAUCACCAUUUGCGAGGGUUUCAACGGGGAGCUCUUUGAGCGCAAGGUGAGAACCCUGGCAGCGUCAGCACCAGAAGAAACUUCAACUCGUCUCCCAGCCAAGGCCUUCUUCGACCUGCGAGGGAGGUAUGCAACUUCAUCUUGUUUAUUGAAAAGUUUCUCUCCCUCAACGGCAAGGGACACGCAGAGAAAUGGCAGUACCAGCUUUUAUUUUGCUCAUGUUGUGUACCUGCCAUGUUUGACAAUCUUGCAGCGACCCUCACGAACUGGGCUUGACCAGUAGUCGCAACGGAGGCUCUUUGAGUCCAUGCUCUCAAACAACGCCGCAGAAGAUAAUUAUGAAUGACACCUUUAUG